AUGGCCAGCUGGGUGUUCUGUAAUCGCUGUUUCCAGCCACCCCAGGGGACGGCGUGCUUCAGCCUGACUAACUGCGGCCACGUGUACUGCGAUGUCUGCCUGCGCAAAGGUAAAAGGGAUGAAUGCUUGAUUUGUAAAGUUCCAUGUCGUACAGUUCUGCUUUCGAAACGUACGGACUCCGACAUCCAGGCGCUCUUCAUGGGCAUAGACGGCCUGUGCAGGAAGUACGCGAGGGAGACCUCCCAGGUUUUAGAAUUUCAGGAAAAGCACAGGAGGAGACUGUUAGCCUUCUACGGAGAAAAGAUUUCUCAGCUGGAAGAGUCCCUCAGGAAGUCAGCGCUGAGGAUGGGGCAGCCGCAGAGUGUGAGAUUGUCACAACAGACGGCUUUCAGCACAAUGAAAAGUCCAGUUUCAACUCCUUCCACAAAGCCCAACGGGCCUCUCUUCCUGCCGUCCGGCUCAUUAGCCUCUGCAAGGGUGGAGUCCAUGGAAGUUGACCUCACACCCUCCCCGAGGAGAAAGCGUGAGGCAGCCACCGGCCUGACAAGGAUCUCCCUGCUCAGCCCACCUCGGGAUGGACGCAUGGAAGCUCGGCCCUGGCUUGGAUGUGUCCUGUUGGCUGUGGAGCCUUGUCCGGUCAUUGGCUUUCAGGAGCACCGGCCCAGGGGGCGGCUCCUCGGCGCUGCCCGGGCCUCCUGCGGCGCCCGGGGUCACUGCCCUCAGGACCGAGACCUGCCGUGGCCCAUGGUUCUCAGGCAGGACCUGAAAGACCCCCUACUGAAGGCCUGGCACCCGCUGUCCCUGUGGCCAGAGUGCUGCCCACACGACCCAUGA